AUGUUGAAUUCUCUGAUGAAUGUCGGAAACAAUGGUGGCGGCGGCGGAGGAGGGAAGAAGCAAGAGCGGAGGACUGCUCAGGCGAGUUCAAGAAAAGGGUGCAUGAGAGGGAAAGGUGGUCCGGAGAAUGCUUCUUGUACUUACAAAGGCGUUCGCCAACGCACGUGGGGAAAGUGGGUAUCGGAAAUACGCGAACCCAACCGUGGCAGCCGUGUGUGGUUGGGCACUUUCAACUCCGCCCGUGAAGCUGCUAUAGCAUACGACGCUGCUGCCCGGAGACUGUACGGACCCAAUGCCCAUGUUAAUCUUCCCGACGAGACAGCUCCGGCUCCACCUCCGCCACCUGCAGUUACUGAGGCAGCCAAGGAAGCCAGGUACCAUCGGGCCAUCGAGCAAAUGAAAAAGCAGCAGGAAUUCGAAAGGCAAAUACAAAUAUACAUGCAUCAACAGCAGCAGCAACAACAACAACAAAACCAGAUCAAAGUAGAAAGCACUACGAUUCCCGAUAUCCCUGAUCUUAAUGCACACACCGUUGCAAAUUAUCAUACUUUUCACAAUCAUAAAAUCAGCCACGAAGCUAGAACAGGAGAGAACUACGUGCAUCACAAGCCGUCAAAUGGGAAUCUGAACGCUAAUCUACCGGAGUUCGACGACUCCGGUUUAUGGACGGAGGCGGCUUCCACGAUGGAUUAUCAAUCACAGGCGAUCGAUCCUGGAAUUGCUGCCUCAAGUUUCAAUGACACAAUUGGCAUUGAACUGAAUCACCCAUUAAUGGUAUGA